ACUCCGAUCUUUGCGGCUCGCGAAUCGUUUCUGCUCUCCAGAUCUUCCGAUACGUUCGUUUUCCUCUUCUGUCUCUUGCUAUCUCCUCGUUCCCUUCGGUUUCUCCUGGUGCAAGAAUCCAUGGCUACGACGAUAGAUUGGCACGGUCACAACACCGCUCUCCCCGCCGCUCUGUACGAGAUGCCGGACAGCAAGGAGCUGCUGCGCGCGCUUACUCCGCCCAUGCAGGGACCUCCGGCCAUCUCGUUCGCGUACCCCUGCUCCGGCGUGGAGCAGAGCGCGGCGAACUCGCUUCUUGGCGCCAGCAGCCUGACUCCCGCGCAGAUUCUUCAGGUGCAGUCUCAGCUCCAGUACCUGCGCCGGACGGCCGCCGCGGGCGGUGCUCUGGCUGCGGUGACGCAGCCGAUGAAGCGGCAGGGCGUGGUGCCGGCGCCGGCGCCGCUCCCUGCGCGGCCGGUGUCCAAGCUGUACCGCGGCGUCCGGCAGCGGCAUUGGGGGAAGUGGGUAGCGGAGAUCCGCCUGCCGCGCAACCGCACCCGACUCUGGCUCGGAACCUUCGAUACCGCCAAGGAGGCCGCGCUCGCCUACGACAGCGCCGCGUUCCGCCUCCGUGGCGACUCCGCCAGGCUCAACUUCCCAGAGCUCAGGCGCGGCGGCGCGCACCUCGGCCCGCCGCUCCACGCCGCGGUCGACGCCAAGCUCCACGCUAUCUGCCACGGCACGGAGAUGCAGCCGCAGAACCAGAGCCAGAGCAACGCUGCGGUGGCAACGGCGACAACAGCCCCGAGUUCAUUCUCCUCAGCGAGCCCGGAAGUCAAGAGCGAGCAGGGCUGCUCCGGCUCCGAGAGCUCGUCGUGGGCGGACGGCGACGUGUCUUCGACUGGCUCCUCCGUCGUGGUCCCGGAGAUGCAGCUUCUUGACUUCUCAGAGGCGCCAUGGGACGAAUCCGAGCGCUUCCUGCUGCUCAAGUACCCGUCGCUAGAGAUCGACUGGGACGCGAUCCUUUCAUAAUGCAAUGCCUUCGUGUCCCCCACUCCCCCUGUUCUUGAUCAAGCUGUUCUUGGUUGCUCUGUGCUUCACAGCUCAAAGAGUCAAAGUGGUGUCUUCCUUAGGUACUUGUUGGUUUCGGUGUUGGGUUUGAUCAUGUCUAGCAUCAACCCUGGUUGCUUGGUUUUUUAAAUGGCAUUGCCACUUGCCAGGAAGGAGGUCUCAGUACUUUGUAUUACUAGUCUGCAUGCAAAGGUUUCAUGUAUAUACAUUUGUAGUCUACGUUGUAGAUGUAAUCAUCCAAUAAAGAACCACUUUGGCACA